AUGCUCGAUUUGACUCUGAAGGAGUUUCAGCUUGCGUCAACGAUUACCGGCAAUCAACCCAGUUUGACCGUUAAACCCGAUGGUUGGAAAAUUCCCUCGAAUAUUCAGCUGGCCGAUCCGGACUUCUAUAGAUCUCGGAGAAAAGAUCUCCUUAUUGGAGCAAGCAUGUUCUUUGAGCUAUUAUCUGUAGGGCAGAUUAAGUUGGCUGCUGGGUUAUCCCUAUUGCAGAAAACAAGGCUUGGUUGGAUCGUUACAGGAGGUGGAUCUUCUACUCUCAAGGCAACUGCAUUACACGGCCAAGCUGUGCACCGUGAACUGGUUACUGCUGAAGUUCAUAUGGAUGAAUUAGUCCGUCGCUUUUGGGAAGUUGAGAGCUGUGGUGAAGGCGUGGUCACAGCCACCAAAGAAGAACUGGAGUGCGAAGCUCAUUUCAAGACCAACUUUCGUCGUUUAGACUCUGGUGAAUAUUCCGUACGAUUACCUGCGAAGAACACUCUAGAAUUACUGGGUGAAUCGUACAAUCAAGCUUAUUGUCGAUUUCUCAAUUUGGAGAGCAAGCUAGAGCGCAAGCCAGAAGUCAAGGUCCAAUAUUCGGCAUUCAUCCGUGAAUAUUUGCAUUUGAAGCACAUGUCGGUUGUGCCCAUAAACUCCUUGAGUCUUUGCAAAUAUUUUCUGCCCCACCACUGCGUUUUCAAAGAAGACAGCACCACGACUAAAUUGCGAGUCGUUUUUGAUGGGUCUGCCAAAACGUCAAGUGGACAUUCGCUGAACGAGGUUCUCAUGGCAGGGUCUACCAUUCAACAGAAGCUGUUCAACACGCUGUUACAGUUUCGGACUUUCCCAGUUGCAUUGACUGGUGACAUCUGCAAGAUGUAUCGAACUAAGCCUGCAGCCUUUUUAUCCGUUCGCGCGAUGCAUCAACUGGCGAAUGAUGAGAAGAGCACAUUUCCAAUCGGUUCUAAAAUCAUUUUGCGGGACUUUUACGUUGAUGAUCUGAUCACAGGAGGCCAAUCAACACAGGAAGUCCUCGAAAUCAUGUCUCAAACAACAAACUUGCUUGCACGAGGUGGCUUUAAGCUCAGGAAAUGGUGUUCCAACGAGCGCGAUGUCCUUGAUAAAGUUCCUGACUCGGAAAACAAAACAUUCCUGAAGUUUGACGACUUUACCAAGACACUGGGUCUUGCUUUGGAUCCUGCAGCGGAUGUCUUUCGUUUCUCUUUUUCUCCCAUACAGGUCUCUCCAAAGCCAUGUAAACGGCUGGUGCUUUCCACAAUUGCUCGCGUGUAUGAUCCGCUUGGUCUCAUUGGUCCUGUGGUUGCCAAGGCCAAGAUCUUCCUGCAACAAGUCUGGAGAGAGAAGUUGGAGUGGGACGAGAGCUUUCCUGAGGCACUCAACACAUCAUGGCUGAAGCUGUCAUCUGACAUGGGUCAUACUCAGCAAAUGAAGUUUCCUCGACGUGCGUUGCAUCCAAAUGGUGCUAUUGAGAUCAACGGAUUCUGUGACGCUAGCAUCGACGCAUAUGGAGGAUGCAUCUAUCUCGUUUCAAUAGCUGAUGGCAAACGGGAGUGCAUCUAUUUUGCUCAAAAUCUCGUGUGGCACCUUUGA